CGGGACGAGAGCCCAGUAUGAUCCCGAUGGGAGUGUGUGAGGACGGUGGGACUGCCUUAUCAGUUGCCUGAUAACAGAGUUGCAUAAGUGCCAGCAUUCGAUCCUUUCCGAUCAGUAGCGAUCAUCCGCGCGCCAUGCCGACGACGAACGGAACUGCCAAGCACGUCUUGGUCUGGGACCAGCCGGGAGCAGAGCAGAAAGCACCAAAGAAGAAAGGAUGGUACGGUACGAGACACUUCGUAACCAUGAUGCUGUUCUUCGGGAUGGCGAACGCUUACACGAUGAGGACAAACAUGUCUGUGGCUAUAGUCGCCAUGGUAAACCACACCGCCCUGCCCAAGUUGCCGACUGUGGUCACAGACGAGUGCGAAGACAAUAAGCUUUACAACGAAACUCUUCAAGAAAAACAUAAAGAUGGACCAUAUUUAUGGACCACUACUGAACAGGGCUAUAUAUUGAGUGCAUUUUUUUAUGGAUAUUGUAUAACACAGAUUCCAUGUGGUAUUUUGGCAAAGAAAUAUGGAGCACUGAGGUUUUUGGCUGGUGGAAUGAUGUUGAACUCUCUUUUUGGAUUUUUAGUUCCAAUUUCUGCAACUUUUGGCACAAUACCACUUAUUGUAGUCAGAUUUAUACAAGGAUUAGGAGAGGGCCCUGUCGUGCCAUGUUCACAUGCCAUGCUUGCUAAAUGGAUCCCGCCCAAUGAGAGAAGUCGAAUGGCAGCUAUUGUUUAUGCAGGAGCUCAAUUUGGUACAGUGAUAUCUAUGCCUCUCAGUGGGGUCUUAUCGGAUUUAGAAAUUUUUGGAGGAUGGCCUUCUAUUUUCUACUUCUUCGGAGCACUCAGUGCCAUUUGGUCCAUUUUCUUCUACUUCACUGUUUAUGAGGAUCCAGAUUCUCAUCCAAGCAUAGAUCCCGAUGAAAGGAAACACAUCAUCAACACUGUGUGGGGAGCGGCUGGUGUAACUUCUCCUCCAGUUCCUUGGACUUCGAUUGCAAAAUCCUUACCUUUCUGGGCCAUCUUGAUUGCACACAUUGGGCAGAACUACGGCUAUGAGACACUCAUGACAGAAUUGCCAACGUUUAUGAAACAAGUUCUUAGGUUCAACAUCAAAGAAAAUGGUUUCCUUUCUGCUUUGCCAUAUCUUGCAAUGUGGGGCUUCUCAGUUUCUUCAAGUUGGGUUGCAGAUUACUUGAUAUCUCAUGAACGUAUGUCCCAUACUAAAGUUAGGAAAAUCGCACAGGGCAUAGGUCAUUUUGGCCCUGCUAUUGCUCUGGUUGCCGCCUCUUAUACUGGGUGCAACCCAGCUCUUACUGUUGCCAUCCUGACCAUUGGUGUAGGCCUCAAUGGUGGUAUCUACUCUGGAUUCAAGGUCAACCACUUGGAUAUCUCUCCUCGAUUCGCUGGAAUCCUCAUGUCGUUCACUAACUUCACGGCAAAUAUGGCUGGUCUCUUAGCACCUAUAGUAGCCGGUUACAUCAUUUAUGGAAGGCCUACGCAAGCAGCAUGGAGGGAGGUAUUCUUCGUUGCUUCAGCAGUCUAUUUGGUCUGUAACACUUUCUACUUAGUUUUUGCUACAGGCAAGAGACAGAAUUGGGACGACCCAUCAGCUGAUCAGCCUCCAAGUACACCAAAGCCUGAACACACCGUUGAAUCGAGUCAUUGAUUCAAGUUUGGUUGAAGCCAUUUUCUACGUUGGGCUCUUGUCUAUAUAAAAAAUAAUGUAGAUUUCAGCAUUGUAAAUAACCUUUUUUUUAUUAUUUAAUUUAAUUAAAUUGUUUUGAUUUUAACUACUUCACAUUCCUCUUUAUUGUUUAGAUAUCUCUUCUCAUUUGCCUUUAGGAUAGUAUUUUUAUUAUUUAUUUACUUAGUGAUGUAUUUUGACAUUCAGGGUAUUUUGAUUGUUCAAUUUUACCGAAUUAUAAACUGAUAUGUUGAUUAAAAAGUGAUAAUAUUUAGAGAGAAAUUAAUUUUACAUAAUACAUGACUGUGAAGUUGUACUUUUAAUAUUAUUGUACAGUAAUUGUAUAUGUUUGAAAAGUGUAUAUAUUUAUAUACAUAUGUACAGUAGUCAAUUUAUUUUAGUAAUGAAAUUCUGUUUGUUUUUAUUUAUUAUGAAAUUGCUUUGAUGUUUUGUUAAUAAAAAUAUAGAAAAUCUGAAAAAAAAAAUUUAAAAAAGGAUAACUAUUCCGACUAGAUACUUAAAUUUUUGUAUCAAUUGUCAAUUGUAUAUAUUUGUCUUGUAAAUUGUUAAAGUUCUCAAAAUCCUAUUAGUGAGCAGUGAAAUAGUAAAAAAAAACACACACUCCU